AUGAAGAAUGAUAUGGUCACCGGAAUGAUGUAUGAUGAAAGUAAACAAGUGGAGAAAGAUUGCAAAGGAUGUUCAAUGGGAAAGAUGCAUAAGAAUCCCUUUCCAAAAGCAAGUCUACAUAGGGCAAGCAGACCUUAUGAAAUCAUACAUACUGACAUAUGUGGACCAAUGCAAGUUGAGUCGAUUGGCGGUAGCCGUUAUUUGGUCACAUUUACUGAUGACUAUUCCAGAUAUGCUGUUGCUUACUUUAUUAAGAAGAAAGAUGAAGCACUUACUAAGUUCAAGGAGUUUGUGAAUUAUGUUGAAAAUCAAAAUGGAAAUCAUAAUAAAGUGAAGAUUCUGCGCAGCGACAACGGCGGUGAGUACAAAUCGAACAGUUUCUCCAAAUUCUGUACAGAGAAGGGCAUUGUCCAACAAUUCACUUGUCCUUACACCCCUGAACAAAACGGUGUGGCAGAAAGAUUAAACCGUACGAUUUUAGAAUCUGCAAGAUCCAUGAUAUAUCAUGCAAAUUUGCCCCUAGUCUUCUGGGCUGAAGCGUGCAAUACAGCCGUGUACCUACAUAACCGAAGUCCUACAGUUGCAUUAAAGGACAAAACCCCUCAUGAAUGCAUUUUCGGUGAAAAGCCAGAUGUUUCUAAUCUUAAAGUCUUUGGAUGUAUGUGCUAUGUUCAUAUCCCGGACAGUAAUCGUAGAAAAUUAGACCAAAAGUCUUAUGAAGCUAUAUUUGUCGGCUAUCCUACUGGCACAAAAGGAUACAAAGUUUAUGAUGUUAAAAGAAGAAAGUUCAUGAUAAGUCGAGAUGUUCAAUUCUUAGAGAAGAAAUUUCAUAAUUUUGAGAACCCAAAGAAUGACUUUGUGUUUGAGCAGAAAGAGAGAAUUGAAGUUCCGGAUGAUGAAAAACAAACUGUUGAGUUAUUUGAUCUAGAUAGAGUUGAUGAACUUGAUGAUCAAACCUUCAACGAAGAUCAGGAUGAGUUCAGAGUGGAUCCUGUUGUUGAAACAAACAUUAACUUGAAUGAAACCAUGGAGCAACCCGUUAAUCCCGAGAACGACGAACCAGUGGGAGAAAGUGAAACCCUAUCUACUUCGAAAACAUACGAAGAGCGGUUUAUGGAAAACGUGAAAAAUUUAGGUCCUGUAAGACAGCGUAUGAUUCCGAGUAAGUUCAGAGACAAUGCAUGUCCAGUAGUCGAGUCUUUAACAUCUGAAGUUGAUGAUCCAGAAAGUGUCCAAAGAGCGCUGAAUGGGAAGUAUGCGAAGGAAUGGAAAGACGCGAUGAUCUCAGAAUAUUCUUCAUUACUAGAAAACGAUACAUGGGAAUUGGUUCCUCCCUGUGAUGAUCAAAACGUAGUCGGAUCGCGGUGGGUGCUAAAGGUAAAGCGGAAAGAAGACGGGUCAAUUGAUCGUUUCAAAGCGAGAGUUGUAGCUCAAGGAUACUCCCAAACAAAAGGAGCUGAUUAUGACGAAGUAUUUUCCCCCGUGGCCAGACAUACAUCUUUACGUACAUUACUGGCAUUAGCCAACGAAUAUGAUCUCGAAGUCCACCAAAUGGAUGUUCGAACUGCCUUUUUAAAUGGCGACAUUGAUUGCGACAUUUAUAUGCAACAACCGGAAGGUUUUGUUAAUCCAGACAAACCAGAUUAUCUUUGUAAGCUGCAGAAAAGUAUCUACGGUCUCAAACAGUCUGCACGCUGUUGGAAUGACACGCUCGAUGGAUACUUAAAGUCGAGAGGAUACAGAAAAAGUGGUGCAGAUGGUUGCAUUUAUGUUAAAUCGGUUAAAAAGGACGGUGGUCGAAUAAGUUUUGUGAUACUCGGAGUUUACGUGGACGAUAUAAUUCCAGUUUCCAACGAUAUCCAAAUGCUGAAUUUAGAGAAGAAAGCGCUCAGCGAAAGAUUUAAGAUGGAUGACAGAGGUGAAGUUCAUUACCUAUUGGGAAUGCUGAUUAAACGAGAUCGAGAAGCCAGAGUUACUACAAUCAGUCAGCGUAAUUACGUGGAACGAGUCCUAAGCAAAUUCGGAAUGGAAUCAUGUAAACCGGUUUCAACACCACUGGAACCUGGGACAAAGUUUUCAGAGUUGUCAAAUGAGGAUGAAAAAUUUGACACACAAACAUACCAGCAAGCGAUUGGAUGCCUAACCUAUCUUUCAGUGAUUUCAAGACCAGAUAUCUCAGCUGCAGUGGGAGCACUUUCACAAUUUAUGGCAAAACCUAGCAAAGAUCAUUGGAUCGGGGUGAAACGUGUAUUACGAUAUCUUAAAGGAACUUUAGAUUAUGGCCUGAAAUACUCAGCAGAUAAAAACCCUACACUAGUCGGUUAUUCAGACUCUGACUGGGCAGGAGAUAUUAAUACUCGUCGAUCAACAUCAGGUUAUGUAUUUCAAGUUGCUAAUAGCACAGUUAGUUGGUCGAGCAAAAGGCAGAGGACAGUCGCGAAGAGUUCAACAGAAGCAGAAUAUAUUGCCUUAAGUUUAGCCACGCAAGAAGCGAUAUGGUUACAAAGACUGUUAUAUGACGUUGGAUUUAAAAUCAGAAAACCGAUAACAAUCUUCGAAGACAACCAAGGAACAAUAGAAUUGGCGAAGAAUGCCAAAUAUCAUAAUAGAACGAAACAUAUUGACAUUUGCCAUCAUUUCGUUCGAGAACGCGUUCAGUCGAAGGAGAUCAAUGUAGUAUAUUGUCGAACAGAUGAUAUGAAAGCAGACAUACUAACAAAAGGAUUAGCAAGAUCAAGUUAUGAAAAGUUAAGGGACUUGAUUGGGAUUACAUCUGAACAUUGUAAUUUAAUUGUUGAAGUUAAAUUUAUAAGUGAAUGCACAUUUUAUCGUGAACUCAUUAAGUGGGAGUGUUAA